UCUGGCCUCCCGAAGCCAGCCCAAGGCUCACCCAACUUCUCCCUAUCAUUCAUAGCUAGAAUGCACCCAAUAGAACAUCCUGGCCGCUAUAUGUACUACUGGCAAUGCAUCAGAGAAAGUGCAUACUAGUCACUAUAAUACUUGGUACCUCAUUUACAAGCAGAGAGACCUGGUUCACCUCAGCCUCAGCCAGCAAGCAACAACCUUACAUUGACAAUCAUAAGUCUAUUGGUAUUUUCACUCUUUCUGUAACUGAGCUAAUGGUCGUACCUUGCUGCAGGAGCCAGUGUGACGACAGGUCACACACCAUCACCAGAAAGUUGUCCUUUUCGUGGCCAAGAGGUUUUCGUCACCGGUGUUCCUGCUACUCGGUUCCGACUGAUAAUAGGGCAGCAUGAACUCGCAUCCUGUACCGCCGUUUAUAUAUCCAGCAAACUUGAACCAGCUUGCACAAGCUUGUACCCGCAAUACGCCAUGGGCCUCCUGUACCUCGGAACACCCUUAACAUGGGAUGAAGCAAUGCAGUAUGCAGACCAUGUUCGAGAACAUGGUAUCACGCAGUUCCUCCAUACUUGGGAUCGA